UUAUCUGAAUUCUCGUCCUGAUGACUUUCUGAAAUGGCGCCAAAGUUCAGUGGUAUGGGCUACAGAGCAAAGCCCACACGCAUGCGCCACUUUGCUCAUAGUAAAAUUUUAUAUUAGUUAGAAAUUAAAGAGUUUGUUUGAAAAUUAUGGACUGAAUUUAGCAUGUAGUUUAAUUUGUUUUAUAAAAUUAUUAUUUAAAAGUGAAAUUAAAGAAUAUAUAAUCUUUGACACAAAUCGAUAUUUGGUUACGACGCCAUUGGUCGUGCGCUGUUGCAACUCUUUGCUGGCGAACUUUUGCGCGUAGAGUGAAGUGGGAACUGCGGUGCUUUGUGACGAUUCACACAAAAUGGCUGCUGCAACCAUUAAAACGGAGCCAAUGGAUGUGGAUGAGGGCGGAAAUCAAACUCCGGCUCAGCCAGCAUCUGAAUCAGCCCCAGCAGCUAAUGGGGAAGUUGAAAUGAAAACUCCCAAAGAAGAAUCUAGCUCAGAAAAGGAAAAACAAGCCGGCACUGAAGAAAGUAAAACUGGUGAUGAGAAGGAAGCUGAAGCAGCCAAGGUUAAUGGCGAAGGUGACGCCGACGGGGAAGUCGAUAAUGAGGAUAAAGAGCCUAUGAAAGUUUCGGGCACUUACAAAAUUAAAGUGAGCGGUCUACCAAGAUUUUGUCCGUUAGGGGAAUUCAAGAAGUUGGUAAAAGAAGAGCUUGGGUUAGCUCUGAGUUAUGUGAGAUGUCCUAAGAGAGGAAAUCCAUGGCUUCACCUUACAUUCAAUACACCAGAAGAGCAGCACCGAGCACAGAAGGCUUUGCAUAAGUAUACAUGGAAACGCAAAACGUUAACGUGCAGUAUUGUUACAACAGAUGCUCAAAAAAGAAAACCUGAAGAUAGUACAGGUGAUGACAGUGAUGCUAAAAAAGCAAAGCUUGAUCUGUCUGUUGAAGAACGUGUGUUAAUGGCAACCAUUCCCUAUCACAACAUUCCAUAUGAGGAGCAGUUAAAAAAGAAGACUGAAGAGUUGAAGGCAAUGGCAACUAGACUUGGGGACCUAAUUGUCCGGCGCAACCCAGAGCUGGCAGGCUGGGCUGAACAACAGAGGGAGAAGCAUGAUGGACUCGUCUUUCAACUAGAUGAAAUUCGUCCUUCACCUGUUACAGAUGCAUACCGAAACAAAUGCGAGUUCCGUAUUGGGCUAAACCCCGACACGCAAGAGCGCACGGUGGGGUGCCGUCUGGAGAACUACAAGGACGGCUCUAUGGGGGUUGGACCAGCAGAUUCGCUAAAACAUUUGCCUGACCAAAUGAGAGAGGCUGUUAAGCUGUUCCAAGAUUAUAUUCGCAAAUCAGAUAAAGAACCAUUUAGUAUUGAACAACGACAAGGUUAUUGGAGACACCUUGUUGUAAGAGUGACAAGCAGUGGUGAGAUGAUGAUUGUUGUUGUGGCUCAUCCCCAACAACUUAGUGAAGAGGAGCUAACAAAGAUGAAGGAUGACAUCCGUGACUACUUUGUCAAUGGAGAGGGACGAGCUUGCAAUGUUACUUCAUUGUAUUUUCAGAAGUUCACUGAGAAGUUAAUUGGAGUGCCACUACCUGAUAUGGACCACCUUUAUGGCAAGACACACCUGGAGGAAGUAAUGCUUGAUCUAACAUUUCGUUUAUCACCCUCUUCGUACUUCCAAGUAAAUACAAAGGGCGGAGAGGUGUUAUACUCUGCUAUCAUAGAACUUGUUGAACCCACUGAAGAGACAACUGUUUUGGACCUUUGUUGUGGAACUGGUGGCAUUGGUUUGUGCAUUGCAAAGAAAUGUGGGCAGGUGUUUGGCAUAGAAUACCUUGAGCAGAAUAUUGAGGAUGCCAAAAAGAAUGCAGAAAUCAAUGAAAUUACAAAUUGUGAAUUUAUUGCUGGUCGUGCUGAAGAUGCGUUACCUACUCUGGAACCCAAAAUAACUGGAAAACAUGUUGUACCGAUUUUGGAUCCUCCAAGAACUGGAUUGAAUCAAAAAGUUAUGCAACAACUAAGGAAGAUGGAAAAUGUGCAGAAGCUUAUUUAUGUGUGUUCCAAUCAUAAGGCUCCAAUACGCAACUUCCUUGACCUCUGUUGUCCAGCGGGGAAGAAUGGUAUGACAGGACAUCCAUUUGUGCCAACUCGCACUAUUCCAGUGGACGUAGUUCCACAUACUAUGCAUGCUCAGAUGGCAAUGUUGUUGGAACGAGUUGAUCCUGCCACUUUACCUAAGGCAAAACAUCCUAUUCCAAGAGGAGUGCGUAAACCUUUGCGUGGUCGCACAGGCCGUGGUGGUCUGAAAGUUGGCAUGAUGGGACGAGGAAGAGGUGGAAGAAUGCGUGGAGGCAUGCCCGGCAUGAUGCCAAUUGGUGGCCCUUCAAUGCGUGGCAUGAGGGGAGGAAUGAGAGGUGGUAUGCGGUCUGUUCCUGUUGCCAGAGGCAUGGCACCAAGACCUUAUCCAUCAGCCCCUGGAUUAUUGGAUCAUCCUCGUGACUUUGGGCGCCCUCUCCGUGCUCGUGACAUGUAUGACGAUGGGUAUGGCCCAACACCGUUGCUGGAACGUGAUUAUCUGCCCCCACCGCUAACACAAAGUGCGUACCAUGGUGGCAGGAGAGGUCCUGACCCUCGACGUGGGCUUGAUUUUUCUUCAGAUGAGUUGACCUUGAGUCGAUACUCAGAUUUCCGCCGUGAUGUUGAGGAUGCAAUUGACUCCUCCUUUUCUCCUCGUAUGGGAGGGCGUAAUGUCCGUCCACUGUUGGCUGGAGGCCCUGCUGCAGUAACAGCAGCAACCAUGUUAGAACGAGAAGAAAUGGCUUACAGAGCUGGUCUUACUCGUGGUCUUGUUGGGGCAGCUGCAUUUACUCCACAGCCAUUGUAUCCUCAGUACCAUAGCGCACAAUCAACUAGCAGUGGAAUUCCUUUCAAAGGUAGUAGAAGUGGCGGCAAGAGAGGUGGUCGUGACACAAGAGGUCGCCGUGGUAGUAGAGGUGCUGGUGGAAGAGGGGGAGGCAGAGGUGGUAGAAGAUGAAUACAGUUAGAUGUAUCUUCUGGUAACGAGCACUUAGCUGUGCAAUAUUUGAGUGUUUAAAACCGAUGAAUUUGUUUUGUAUGAUAUUUGUAAUGUUUUCUUUUAAUGUCAUUGAUUUGUGUCAGUUCUUUCUGUCCCUGUGGCCCAAGAUGUAUCACAAAUUUUUAAUAAAUGAAUGUGAAAACAG